UCGCGAAGAAAAGGUCCCCGUUCGUUCUGUCAUCAUCCAGCAAGCGGCGUGUCGUGCGGUGGUGAUUCCGACAGUUUGCAGAAUUUCAACUCGUUACGGAAGCGAAAUUCCGGUAAACAUCUGCCCGACGCAUUCUCCGGUGAACCGUCUGCGGAAGCAACCGAACCAUGCCUCCGAAGAAGCCUGCCGCCGGUCCUUCCAAGAAGACCGAGACCAAGAAGAAGGAGAAGGUCAUCGAGGACAAAACCUUCGGCCUGAAGAACAAGAAGGGAGCCAAGCAGCAAAAGUUUAUAUCCCAGGUGGAGAAGCAGGUCAAGAGUGGUGGACACCACAACUUGGCGGCCAAUCCGAAUGCCAAGAAGGAAGAGAAGGAAAAGAAGCUGAAGGAGCAGCGCGAGUUGGCCGCCCUGUUCAAGCCGGUUCCGACGCAAAAGGUGGAAAAGGGCGUCGAUCCGAAGUCUAUUCUGUGUGCGUUCUUCAAGCAGGGCACCUGUACCAAGGGUGACAAGUGUAAGUUCUCCCACGAUUUGACGAUCGAGCGGAAGGCCGAAAAGCGGUCCAUUCAUGUGGACAUGCGCGACGGCGGCGAGCAGGCCAACGACACGAUCGAGAACUGGACCGAGGAGAAGCUGGCCGAGGUGGUGGCCAAAAAGCACGGCAAGGAGAAGACCAUGCCGACGACGACGAUCAUUUGCAAAUACUUCCUGGAUGCGGUCGAGCGCACGUUGUACGGUUGGUUCUGGGAGUGUCCCAACGGGGAAAAGUGCAUCUACCGGCACGCGCUUCCGCCCGGUUACGUGCUCAAGAAGGACAAGAAAAAGCUGGAAUCGCUAAAGGAGGAAAUUUCCCUGGUCGACCUGAUCGAGCGCGAACGAGCUGCCCUCGGGGUGAACCAGACUCGCGUCACGCUGGAGACGUUCCUCGCGUGGAAAAAACGCAAGAUUCUGGAGAAGAAGCAGCGCGAGCAGGAAGAGGACGAGCGCAAACGCAAGGACUUCAAGGCCGGUCGCCAGAACGGACUGUCCGGCAGGGAAAUGUUCAGCUUCAACCCCGAUCUGGUCGACUUUGGCAUGGAUGACGGCGAGGAGGCCAUCGAGAGCUACGGCCGAAACGAGGACGAAGACGAGGACACCAACGAGUACAAGGAACUGGACCUCAGCAUGUUGUCGCUGUCGAUCAAGGAGGUGGACAACACGGGAACCGUUGCCGAGGAGGACCGCUGGGCCAAGAUGAAGGCGACGCUUCCCACGGUAGAGGAAAAUGGAGAAGACACGGCGGCAGCAGCAGGCUCGACGGAACCCAGCGCAGCACCCUCGGACGCGGCACCCAUCAACGAGAACCUGUUCCUGGACGAAGACCUCGAAGGAAUCGACGACGAGCUGAGCGAUGACGACGAUGAUGAUGAUGAGGGAGAUGAGGGGGGCAAAAGUGAAAAAUCGUGAUAAGGAGAUAUUUUGAUUGUUUUAUUUUUGCGUACGUUAGUUCUCUCGGCACACAUCUCCUCCGGAUCGGGGAAAGGAAAGCGAAGGAUUGCGUCGAGAGAUUUGAAAGUUCACACCGCGCUGAUUGUUCCCAUUUAAAUGUUUUGAAAUUUGGCUCGUAAUUAAAUGCAUCAACUUCAACAGAA